GCAUCAUCUUCCUUCUCUGUCUCCUUCCUCUGUAACUAAAACCCUAGCUGGUUCGCCACUCAAACCCACUCAGAUCGGAGCUACAACAAACCAACCCACAACAAAAUGAGACCAAUUUUAAUGAAAGGGCACGAAAGGCCCUUAACUUUCUUAAAAUACAACAAAGAAGGCGAUCUUUUAUUCUCCUGCGCUAAAGAUCACACUCCCACCGUCUGGUUCGCCGACAACGGCGAGCGUUUAGGCACUUAUCGCGGCCACAACGGCGCCGUUUGGUGCUGUGACGUUUCAAGGGAUUCGAAGAGGUUGAUAACGGGAAGUGCGGACCAGACGGCAAAAUUAUGGGAUGUGAAAACAGGGACUCAAUUGCACUCUUUUAACUUUGACUCUCCAGCUCGGUGUGUUGAUUUUUCAGUUGGGGAUAAACUUGCUGUUAUUACUACUGAUCCUUUCAUGGAAUUGACUUCUGCUAUUCAUGUUAAACGCAUUGCUCGUGAUCCCACUGACCAGGUGGGCGAGUCCGUGCUGGUUCUCAGGGGUCCACAAGGAAGAAUCAACAGAGCUGUUUGGGGGCCUCUUAACCAGACUAUCAUAAGUGCUGGAGAAGAUGCUGUAAUUCGCAUAUGGGAUUCUGAGACGGGAAAACUUUUGAAAGAGAACGAUCGUGAAAUUGGACAUAAGAAGGCUAUAUCAUCACUUGCAAAGUCAUCUGAUGGUUCACAUUUUAUAACCGGUUCUUUAGAUAAAUCUGCUAAGCUCUGGGACACCAGAACAUUGGCUCUUAUCAAGACCUAUGUAACAGAACGUCCAGUCAAUGCGGUUACAAUGUCUCCCCUGCUUGAUCAUGUUGUUCUGGGAGGUGGUCAGGACGCGUCAGCUGUCACUACUACUGAUCAUCGUGCUGGGAAAUUUGAAGCCAAAUUUUAUGACAAGAUCCUUCAAGAAGAAAUUGGAGGUGUGAAAGGUCACUUUGGACCAAUAAAUGCUUUGGCUUUUAACCCCGAUGGGAAAAGUUUCUCAAGUGGAGGUGAAGAUGGAUAUGUGAGGUUACAUCAUUUUGAUUCAGAUUACUUCAAUAUCAAAAUUUAAAUACGAGCACAUAUUUGAAUCACAAUCUUGCUUUAGAAAUCAGAGGUUAGAAGAUUCACCAAUGAAGAUGGAUUGGAAUUUUGAUAUUUGUACGUUGAAGGGGCAUAGUGUUACGAAGUACUCUUUUUACGCUAAAAUUACUUCUGUUUGUAAGAACUGCUUGCGAAAUGUUGGCAUCAGCAAGAGAUACAAAAUUGUUUUCCUUUCAAUUCAUCCUCUAAUUUUCAUAGUUACUUUCA